AUGGCCCCCGACUCAGCCCACCACGGUGACCCAGACGACCAGGCAGACCCCACCAGCAACCAGACAAGCACACCGUCAAAGACACUGCCCCUCAUGUCCGACUCGAUCCAAGAACCCUCUCAGAGCGACGACAAGGCUUCGCCCGCCUCUGCCUCGUCCAACAAGGACCACAACGAAUCGGCGACCAAGAAAGCAAAUGCAAAAGAUCCCUCGAGGCCAAGGAGGAAGAAGGCACGGAGAGCGUGCUAUGCCUGCCAGCGCGCGCAUCUGACAUGUGGUAUGUCUACUGUUGUUCUCUGA